GAAAGGAUCUAAAUGUUUCGAUAGACAACAGUAUCUGAUUUAAUCCUAAUAGAUACUUUCCAAUAGGUGACAGCACUUCACAGAAAAAUCAUUGAAUGUCAAGUUUAUUUUUCACCUUGUCUGUGAUAGUGACAAAAAAGACUAUGUACAAGUAGUUUAAAAUAUGACAAAAAGCAUUACUACAAAAGUAAAAGUAAAUUCUACUCAUAUUUUUUAAACUAAAUAACUUUACAGAAAAGACAUUCUGCAAUUUUUUAACCUCUUCUCUCAAGUGAACUAACGUCUAAAUUUACUUCAUUAUAUAUUUAAAUUAUAUAAAAUUGUUGUUCUUACAAUGACUGAUUUACCCGUUUUCACUUCAGAAGUUGCAAAAGCUGUUUUAACCGACAUUCUAACAACAUUGAACACCCCGGAAAAUACUCAAAAGCUUGCAGAAGCUAAGGAAAACUCCGGAAAUGAAAUGCUGAAAAUGAUGCAGUUUGUUUUUCCAAUUGUUGUACAAAUUCAAAUGGACGUUAUCAAAAACUAUGGUUUUCCAGAAGGUCGGGAAGGUACAGUACAAUUUGCACAAUUACUCAGAACUUUAGAAAGGGAAGAUCCUGAAAUAGCACAGUUACAUAGUCAAGUUCGAUCACAUUUCCUUCCCCCUGUUACUAUAAGUUCUUCAACUGAAGCAUCUCUCUAAAAUAAAAUAACUUUUUUGUGCGUUCACACAGAUA